AUGGAUGAACUGUCAACUGUGUUGCCUUACAUGCAGGAAGAUAGAGAAAGAAUGGUGAUUCGAAAGUUUAAGUUCGAGGACCCAUACAUUGAGCAGAUUCAAGAUCUAGAGAGUGAUAUGAUUAGGUACUUUAGAGAGGAUUUAUCUAGGAGACUCUUAAGUGCAGAUUUUAAGAAGCAAGUUGAUGGACUAGAAAUGCUACAAAAGGCACUUCCUUCCCUUGCAAAGGAAAUUAUAGAAGUUCUAGAUACAUUUUUGAGGUGGUUUGUUUUGCAGUUCUGCAAAUCCAACACGACCUGUCUAUUGAAGGUGCUAGAAUUCCUUCCUGAACUGCUUGACACCUUGAAGGAUGAGGGAUAUUCUUUGACAGAGUCUGAAGUAGCGAUAUUUCUUCCUUGCCUAGUAGAGAAGUUAGGGCAUAACAUCGAGAAGGUUCGAGAAAAAAUGCGGGAGCUGACAAAACAAUUUGUUCUUUUAUAUUUUGCACCUAAAUGUUUCCCUUAUAUAUUAGAGGGUUUACGCUCUAAGAAUAACAGAACUCGAAUUGAAUGUGCUGAUCUUGUUGGAUUUAUCCUCGAACAUCAUGGUUCAGACGUGAUGUAG